AUGGGACCAUAUUUGACGCACCUUGCAGGCCUUGUUGCAUUUCUAGCUAGCUUAUUUGUGCAAAUUCAGGCACUCUCCCCCAACUAUCUCGCGUGCCAAUUGCAAAAGAAUGCAGAAACCUCUCCGCUAACUGGGUGCCCAGCAGGAACCUUGUUUGUGUCGCCCACAGAUAGCAGGGCAAGUUUUACAAGUGUCCAAGCUGCUAUAAAAUCUCUGCCACAGACGGGCGACGCUGUAAUUCUGAUCGGAGAAGGAGAAUACUUUGAACAGGUCAAUAUUGCGCGGUCCGCACCGCUCACUCUUCUGGGUCAACUUGAUCCUUCCACUGCUUACCAUUCAGCGGGGAAUGCUUCUCAGCGCAACCUGGUUCACAUUUGGUACAAUUUAUACGUCGAAUCUGGGCUGACCGACGAGGAGACUGCGACUCUCACUGUUGCACCUGCCUCUGGAGAAAAUUUCGGUAACACUAACUUCAGAGCAUAUAAUAUCGACUUCGAAAAUCGCGCUGCCAACUACUCGAUUUCUCAAGCCCUCGUCACCUCCAUUAGCUAUGCAAAUGCUUCCUUCUAUGGAUGUGCCUUUGCUGGCUGGCAAGACACGUGGUACACUGGCAGCGGUGCAUACACAUAUGUCGUUGACAGUAUAAUAUAUGGUCAAACUGAUUAUCUUUUCGGAUUUGGCUUGGCCUGGUUCCAAAACGUGAUUUUGGCUAACCGAGCUUGUGGCGGUGGUAUCACAGCCUGGCAGGGUAAGAGUGGCACCAAGAAUGGGGCAUACAUCGCCGAUUCCAAAAUCAUUCGAUCCCCGGAUGCUAAUGCUACCACUGUGACCAAAUCCGGCUGUUCUCUCGGACGCCCAUGGAAUGCACUGGCCAUUGCUGUGUACUUGAACACCUACAUGGAUGAGAGCAUUCGGCCUGCAGGUUUCAGUUCCUGGUCUGGAAAAGGAAGCAUUCCAGACACCACUUAUUACGCAGAGUUUAAUUCGUCUGGUCCUGGAGGGAGCACGUCGGCACGUGUAGCGCAAGACCAUAUCCUGACUUCCACGCAGGCGUCAUCCUUCACACUGGAAGAAGUAUUUGACGGUAUACCAGCGUGGAUUGACUUUAAUUAUCAAGCCUAG